CAUAUAUCAUCAUUUUCCUUUCACUUGUCAACCUCUCAACAUCUCACGACUCUUCCCAAAUAGACCAAUAUCUCACCGUCCAAAUCAAUCUCAGAUCCAAUUCAGCCAAUCCUAACCGUCCGAUCGCAUUUCCCUUUCACGCUCUUCACAUUCAUGCAUCAUUGUUCCUUUUGUUUUUUUGCUAUAAAUAUCAUCAAAAUGCUAGCCGAAUAACAAAUUCAAAAUGGCCACAGCUAUCAAAUUUUUUCAGUUGAACACUGGUGCUAGAAUUCCUUCCGUUGGAUUAGGAACUUGGCAAGCUGAACCUGGUGUUGUAGCGAAAGCUAUCACCACUGCUAUUCAGGUUGGAUAUAGGCAUAUUGAUUGUGCUCAAGCUUAUAAGAAUCAAGCUGAGAUUGGUUCUGCACUGAAAAAACUCUUUGAGGAUGGUGUUGUUAAGCGCGAGGAGUUAUGGAUCACUUCAAAACUAUGGUGUUCAGAUCAUCAUCCAGAAGAUGUGCCAAAAGCAUUGGAAAAAACUUUAAAGGAUUUGCAACUUGAUUACCUUGACCUCUAUCUGAUCCACUGGCCAGUGAGCAUGAAAAGGGGAACAGGUGAAUUUAAGCCUGAAAAUCUUGAUCAUCCUGACAUACCAAGCACAUGGAAAGCAAUGGAGGCACUAUAUGACUCAGGCAAGGCGAAAGCUAUUGGAGUGAGCAACUUCUCUACAAAGAAACUUCAAGCUCUAUUGGACAUAGCAAGAGUGCCCCCUGCUGCUAAUCAGGUGGAAUUGCACCCUGGAUGGCAGCAGUCAAAGUUGCAUGCCUUUUGUGCAUCAAAAGGAAUUCAUGUAUCUGGAUAUUCUCCUCUAGGCUCUCCAGGAGUACUCAAAAGUGACAUUCUGCAGAAUCCAGUUGUCAAAGAGGUUGCAGAGAAAUUAGGGAAGACACCGGGACAAGUUGCCCUUCGAUGGGGACUACAAGCAGGACAUAGUGUUCUACCUAAGAGCACUAAUGAGGCUAGAAUCAAGGAAAAUUUAGACGUGAUCGAUUGGUCUAUUCCUGAAGACCUGAUAUCUAAGUUCGCUGAAAUUAAGCAGGAUAAGCUAAUUAAGGGUACAUUUUUUGCCAACGAGACCUACGGGGCCUAUAAGACUGUUGAAGAACUCUGGGACGGUGAAGUAUGAGCAACAUGCAACAUUGAGACGAAGAAUAAUACACUGCUUCCACGAUAAAAGCAGACCCUUCAAGAUUCACUGCUUCCAUUUCGAAUUAAAGAUGUAUUUGGUGUCUAACCUGUGUUGGUGUCAAUACUAACAUAUCAUCAAGAUACAUGGUUAUAUAAUCUCAAAUGUUUUUCUAAAUUAUAACUAUUGUUUAUGUCGUGUUUGGUAAUUGUUUUUUUUUUUUUUGUGUUAGUACUUCAAAGGUUGUUAUUUAUUGAUUAGGUUGUUAUUUAUUGAUGAUAAUAAAAGCUCAUUUUCAGAUC